AUGGAGUUUUGCAACAUCCUGAGCUGGAACGUUAGAGGAUUGAAUAGGAAGAAUAAACAGAUGUCGGUUUUGGAUGUCUGUAGAUUGAAUAAGGAGACUACGCAAUUGUUGCAUUGUCGAGUUAGAAUUUGUAGUGGGAAUCAAGACUUUUGUCUCACUAUUGUGUAUGGUUCUAAUAGAUUGGAGACUAUGAGGGUUUUCUGGAAUGAUCUGGCUCACUUGCCUUUACCUAUAAAACCAUGGUUAUUUUUGGGGGAUUUUAAUGCAGAUUUUCAUGUUAAUGAUAGAAUUGGAGGGAGACCUAUAUCAAUGAAGGAAAUGGAGGAUGCCCAACAAUGGUUGGCUCUUGGGUUGGUUGAAGAAAUGAAGGUUAUGGGUCCUUUCUUUACUUGCUAUAAUAAUCAAGCUGGGGGGAAUCGAAUUUUUUCUAAGUUGGACAGUGUCUUCUAUAAUGAGGCUUGGUUGGACUCUUUUCCGUUGGCGUCAGAUUUUUCCCAAUGGGAGGUGGUUUCUGAUCAUAACACUUUUCUUAUCCAGGAUACCGUGUUAAAUAGCUGGACCAAACCGAUCUGUUUUGGGGGUGGUGGUUUGGCGAAGUUAGUUGAGAAACUAGUUCGACUCAAACAUUUUCUAAAGCGGUUCAACUUGAGUGUUAUGGGUGAUGUUGGGUGUCACUUUGAGAGAAGUAAAUUCUUGUUCCAGCAGGAGCUAAUUAAGCCUUGUUCUCUUCAUGAUGUUAAAGUUGCCCUUUUUAGCAUUCAGUCAGUCAAGAGCCCUUUUUUGUGGAAAGAUAUAGGCAGGGAGGUGUCUUUGGUUGUCCUUGAUUUUUUUGAAAUAGGAAAAAUUCCCCAAAGUUUAAAUGAUACGCUUCUGGUGCUUAUUCUGAAGGUGGACCAACCUUCUAAAGCAGCUGAUUUCAGACCAAUAGCUUAUUGUACUACUAUCUAUAAAUGCAUUUCUAAGAUUCUUUGUCGUAGGCUUGCUAAAUUUCAUUCCUCAUUGAUUAAUCAAAACCAUGGUGUGUUUAUUAAGCAUAGAUCUCUUGCCUACAAUGUUCUCAUAUUUCAAGAUUUGAUUAAGGGGUACAAUAGGAAAAAUAGUUCUCCUCGGUGUGCUAUGAAGAUUGACCUUAGUAAAGCUUAUGAUUCUAUUGAUUUGGAUUUCUUGGAGAAUUUAUUAAAUGCUCUUUGCUUUCCUAGUAAAUUUAUUAGAUGGAUCAUGAUUUGCUUAAGGGGCGGCAAAAGGCUUAGGCAAGGAGAUCCAAUCUCUCCUAUGCUCUUUGUUAUUGUGAUGGACUACCUUACCCGAAUGUUAAUCAAAGCCUUCAAGGAGAAAGGUUUCAGAUUUCAUCCUAUGUGCAAAUCUCUCAACCUUGUUAAUCUUUGUUUUGCUGAUGAUCUGCUUAUCUUUUGCAAAGCUAAUUCUCAAUCAGUGCAGAUUCUUCAUAGAGCGCUUGCUGAGUUCAAAUCAGUUUUGGGCUUGUCUAUCAACCACAACAAAUCUAAUAGUUACUUUGGAGGGUUGUCAGAUAUUGCUAAAGCUCCUGUUUUGAGCUGUACAAAUCUGAUUGAGGGCUCCUUUCCUCUGAAGUGCCUUGGAGUUCCGCUUAGGCCUACCAAAUUUUUGGUAGCUGCUGCAGUGCAAGUUCAUCUUCGGUUGGGCAAACUGUAUAAUCACUUUCUCUCUGGUGAGAAGGUUGAUUAUUGUAUUUUCUCUGAGAAGGUCAUGCAGGCAAUCUCUAGUUGGCUGGGAGAGGCGAUUUGGCCUGGUAACUUUGCUGAUUGGCGUGUGUGGUUGGCUGGUUGUAGGCGUGAUUGGUUGUUCCAGGUGGUGUCCGCGGCUCUUGCUGCUGCCAUUUAUUUUAUCUUGUUAAAUGGGAACAAGUGUUGCUUUGAUAAUAGCUGCUAUUCUGUUUCCAAAAUAGAUCACAUGAUUCGAUUUUCUGUCAAAGCCAGAGUUCUUAACUUUAAUUCUAGGAAGUUGUCUUCUAGAGAGAGACAAAUGUUAGAGUUUGUUACUAGCUUGUAA